UUGGGGUCACCGCAAUUACUGGAAGUCAAGCCAUACAAGAAACAGGCUUUCAAGAAUCCAUCCCAACCUCAAGUGAGCAAUACAGCUGAUACAGCAGAGAGGAUACCAUCACCAGCAGAAAUUGAGCUCUUGGCAUUACCACCAGAUGAAGAAGAUGCACCCAUAACAGUGCCAGCAAAUAAAGGUCGCCGGUAUCUGCUGGCCCUUCUACACCUCGUCAUCGCCGUCUCAGACUGUGAAGACUGCGACAAACACCAUUUGACCGAGCCACCAGCGAGUUUGAUAGAGGAGAAUCGGUUGCGUUUCGAAAGGGAGAGGGAUGCGCGUCAACACGAGCUUGAAACUGAACGACUCAAAAUAGAAGCACAACAUCUGCAACUUGAUAGAGAGCGUGUUAGGGUCGAAGAAGUCCGCAGCCGCGUAGAGGCAGAAGAGCUGUUAAAAAUAACAGCUCUUCUGUCACUAUUGGAUACUCGUGAUUUGAGACCGAAUUAG